AUGUUCAUUUUCUCGUCGUAUCUUCUUUGCAUGGAGGCCAAAGGGGGCUCGGGCUAUUCCAGUCCUGGCAAAGGUACAGUGACCUCGGAGGGACAGUCCAGACAGUCACGCGUUGAUACCGAACCAAAUCACGCCAGAUCCCUAUCUUCACCAGCCGAGAAUCGAUCGAAAUCUCGCGGCCAGCCAAUCCCAUUACACACCAACCUGGACGACAGAAAAGAAGAUCAUAGUAUGAACUUGUUUAUGGUGGAAGUCAAACUGUUGAGUGAUGAAGAGGCGCCUCUACAACUAGAAGUCACGCAAAGCAUCGGCGGUGAACACAGAUGUGAUGCUGUCAAUGAUGAUGAUGAUGAUGAUGACGAUGAUGAUGAUGAUGAUGAUGAUGAUGAUGAUGAUGAUGACGAUGAUGAUGAUGAUGAUGGUGGUGAUGAUGAGGUACCUCACAGUUAA